UUAUUUGCAAAACAGCAAUUCAUUGCUUAAUCACGGUCACGGUUGUGAAGUCUGUGGUAUUGUUGGUCAUUACCAUUAUCUGGACAAGAAUACGCAGUGCUAACAACGAGCCGAAAACCUUCAACCUGUGCAAGGUUUGUGAGGACCUUGUACCACUUAACAAGAACGUUGGCAUUGCCAGUCAAAUUGCAAAGCUCAAAGCACCUCCAGACUUGCAAUGCUGUGGAGGGGCGGCAGAAAUUAUUCGUUUUGCUGCACAGAAGCAAACAAAGGAUAUUUUCUACGAGCGUAUUCGUUAUAUGGUGACUGGUGCAGUGUAUCAGAUGUGUGACUCGCACGUUCAUCAUACUCGCUACGUUCAGGCUGUUGGAAUCACAGGAUCCAAACCUGUUGGAGGUCUAUAUCAACUCUUCUGGAACGAGAACGGGAAGACUGUGACACAGCCAAGCAUUCAACACAUAACCCACUUGCAGGACGAGGGUGAAAUCUUUAUUCGUCAUGCUGGUUUGUACACGGUGUCAAGUCGAAUUGCAAUUAAGACCAACGACACGACAUUUGAUGGCAUAUUUUCACACUUCUAUUACGUUCUGUCACACAAAUAUGGGACUCGGCGUAUGCUCGGUGAACGUAGGACAACACUGGAUGGCCGGUAUCAAACAUUCAGCACUUUCCGAUCAGUUUACGACCUUGACCUACAUGACCGCCUCUCUAUUGUCAUAAAUAAGCCCGAACACAUUGACAAACAAAGCAAUGAUAAUAUGUUCUCUGUCUACUUUGCCGGGUAAUGCGUUUAACCACGCCUUAAAAGUGGUACAUUCGUUCAUAUCCACUUGAAUUUAAAGGGAAGAUUAAAUGGAAAUGAUGAAAUAUUAUAUGUUCCUUGCAAAAAGAAAGACGUACAUUAAGAAUGCUUGACAAACAAUGUUAGCUUUACAAUGCAUCCAUAAGAGAGUCAAUACAACGCUUUAAGGGUGUAAACGUUCACGUCCAUAACAUCAUCAACAUCAUACUAUAACAAAAUAACAACAACAAAAUAUUUCAAUUUCAAUUAUGUUAAAUAACUAAAUUGUAAUGUGUUUAUUGGAGCAAUAACAUUGCAACGUCCACGAUGUUUCACACUG